GACGACCGUCGACACUCGGCAGUGUGCUAUCCGUACGCGUUAGCUUCGCACGUGUUUCGAAGCGUUGCGUCUUCCGUCGCCGCGGUCCGAAUAAUUUCCGUGCGUGUUUAUAACAUUAAUAUUAUUUUUGUUGUUUAUCUAUUAUUGUUAUUGACGUCCAUUGUAUAUCGACACUAUACGACACCUGCCCGGAGACAUUAUCGUACAUUUUUCAAACACCCGUACCUUUCUGCCCCUAUCGUACAUACCGUAAAUUAUUUACCGGCGAUUACGUGUGCGAAAUAAUAACAAUAACAUUAUGUUUUUGUCCGCCCACGACGACGGGACGUGCGCCCGCCACCGUGCGGCCGGUAGCACGUAGUGCCGUUGAACGGGAAUACCUAAUAAAAUAAUAAUAAAUUAUUAGAAAAAAAAAAAUUAUAGCAGUUUCGUCGCAUCCGACACGACUGCUGUCUCGUACACCACACCAGCAGUGACACGCUCGUCCGCAGCUUUGAGCUUUCGCGAGUCACGGUCACCGCGCGAUGGCCGAUGUCCGCAAGUGCACCGCCGCCGUGUUGUGCGUUCUAGCGGCGACUCUGGUGACCGCCACGCUUGCAGCCCGCAAACAAUCGCCUCUGCUCGAAGACAACGCCUUGCCCAAGAAACCACCGUACAGGGUGACAGAAUGCCAGUUUGGCAAACAGCUCAAAGAAAUCGGGUCCAUUUGGUUCGCGGACUUGGGACCACCUUUCGGUGUCAUGUACUGUAUUAAAUGCGAAUGCGUCCAGGUUCAAAAGAAAAGAAGAAUUAUUGGCCGGGUGCAAUGUCGGAACAUAAAAAAUGAUUGCCCUAAACUCAAUUGUGAAGAACCUAUAUUAUUGCCAGGAAAAUGUUGCAAAUCAUGCCCAGGAGAAGAUGCCAAGGACUUUGUUCAAGAUCCACCAGACGAAGAAGAGAAAAGCAUGAAACAUUUUGCCGCGGUAUUGACUGGUCAAUCAACAAAAUCAAAUAAUGACCUCAAGAAAAUGGAUUUUCCACCGACUUCGAUGCAAGAAAUGGGAUUAGACUAUGUGGCAACUGGGCGUUUUACGUUCUACAGAAAACAUUUAUAUUUUUCAUUUUAUACCAACAAACCUGACAGGCCUAGAAUGGUGCAGUUUAUCGACACCAAUGGCAACAUAAUUGAAGAAAUCGCGUUGCUAUCAGGCACCUCCUACCAAAACCUGACAAACAAAAUUUGCGGAGUCUGGCGACGAGUAUCCAAAGACUACAAGCGAUUAUUACGAGAGGAAAAGAUAUCCGUAUCACUAGUCUGGGACACGGCCAUUAUCGGUGGCUCUCUUUACAGGUUUAGAGCAUUGGACACGGAGGCAUUCAGCUCGCUCCUCACGGGCGACGCCCGAGACUCCGGCGGUACGAGCAUUGUGUCCAUAUCGACCAUAUCACCGUCCAUACACGUACAAAUCAUGUUCAGUGGCCCGUUCGCCAGUCAAGACGGCGGAUUGUUCCUAGUCAAAUUGAAAUACGCCGGAAACGAACGCGCCAUCAUAGAAGAAACCAUAAGAGUAGACAAGCUUACGAACGGUACGAUCGUCAUCGAAUUACGAUCACCCGUCACGUUUUCCGACCUCAACGCGUUGUCCAAACGAGACAUGGUCGUCACUCUGGAAGCCAAACAGUCGGGUUUCAAGUUGCAGGGACUCGUGGUACCCCGGGUGUUCUGCGACCUCUAUCAGACGCUAGUCGUAUCCAAUGGCCAUCAAAUUGACUCCAAAAAAGACAGGACCUGUGGCGUGGCUUGGGCGUUUAUUAAUAAGGACGGAGCGUUGGAGUAUCGUGUUAAAUUUGACAAUAACGCAGUCACUGAGUUGGCUAUUGUUUCUAGCGAAUCCCGUGUGUCGGCUCUCGAUAUAUCCGAGACCAUUGUCCAAAACUGGAGCAACGGGACAGUGUCUACCGUGGGCCCAGUACACCUGGAGCAAUUGUACGCCGAGGAGUUGAGCUUGUUCAGUGCGUCGUCCGGCUUUAAGAAUCGAUUUCUGUGGAGACCCGUGGCUGAUGCUAGAGACACGUCAGGUGCGAUGCUUCUGUCCAGUCCCGACGAACGGUCAAUGGUUGGCAUCUUGUGGAUAACCGUAGACCCCGACUGUACGCUACAAUACGAAGUCGUCCUCUCCGGUUCCAACGUCAAAAAUCGAAUCUUUGAACUAUACAUCGAAGACUCGCCGCUUUUACUUCCCGGGGCACCGGUGUUCAGAAGACUUCUCGAGGAGUUUGAGGGGCCGACGCUCGAAGGGUACACUAUCGGCUUAGGCCAAGAAGAAUUAUUACGACUCAAUGUUAACAUCGUACACGUGGACCUGUGGGAUCCGAAACUGGGACAAUCCAUACUAAAAACCGAAUGGAAACAUGUUAAUGUUCCUGCAGUUUGUUAUACUCGAGACGCGGGCGAUAACGAUUCAAACAAUAUACUCAUGAACGACGACGAGUCAGACCAUCCACACACGUCACACUUAAGUUGUUUACAUGGUCAAAAAUACUAUCAACAUGGCGCUCAAUGGACAUCCACAGUAGACGAAUGUUUCAUGUGUAAUUGCCAUUAUGGUAGGGCAAUAUGUGAUCUUAUAAUUUGUCCAGUAGUUCAAUGUCCAAUGCCUUCGGCCAAACCAGGAAUGUGUUGUCCAACGUGUGAAGAUAAUGUAUAUGAAAAUCAAAACAUUUCGACAAACUCUUGUUUGCUAGCUGGACAGCAAUUUCAAGCUGGCAGUAGUUGGCAUCCAUAUUUACCUCCAAACGGGUUUGACACUUGUACACUAUGUCAUUGUAAUAACACAUCAUUAAAAAUAAAGUGCCAACGGAUGGACUGUCCACCAUUGGAAUGUGAUCAAAGAGUGGCUAUCAGGCCAACUAAACGUUCCUGUUGUAAGGUUUGUCCGUCCACUUUGCAAACUACUUCUAAACCAACAGGUCCACUUGUUCAACUAGCUCAGGGUGACCAACAAGUUAAUGUAGAAAGUGGUUCAGAUAUAGAAAUAUUAACCAAUGGUGGUUGCAGUUAUCCUGUAGGAGGACCAUAUGAGAACGGUCAAGAAUGGCAUCCCAAGAUAUACUCUCAUGGUGAAGUCAAGUGCAUCAAUUGUAAAUGCAAAGAUGGAAAAGUGAGAUGUGAUCGUAAAAAAUGUCCAAAAUGGUCUUCGUGCUCAGAUCCUUGUUGCAAAUCUGUUUGUCGAAGACACAAACGUCAACUAUUUAAAUUUUAAAUAUAAACCAUACAUUGUUCCUGAAUAAACAAAAAAAAAAAAUUUAAGUGUAAUGAUGAAUAGGUACAGAAUAAUAUUACAAACUUUUAUAUACAAUAAUGAUGAGACUCAUCAGCAGUCUUAUACUUAUGAUAAUAUAUUAUUGUUUACCGAAAUCCAUAGACUGAUAUACAUAAUAUAUAUUAUUUUUCUUUUAAUGAGUAGCUGAUAUUAUGUAAUUGUCAGUAUUAA